UUUGUAUUGUUCACAAUCUUAAAUACAUGUUAAUGUUGGCAUUGCCACUAACGAAACAGCUGUCGUUAUCAACAAUUCUUAGUCGGCACUCAUUGCAAUCGUACAAAACCAAAAUUUUUUUGCAAUCAUAAUUAUUAAAAUUAAUAAAAACAUGUCUUCAUCCGCGGAGUUUGAAUUUUUAUUAAAGCGAGCCACAACUUUGUUGCAUUCAUCACAAUCGAAUUCUGCUUUCGAAUUGCGACAAUUGCUUGAUGAAGAAAUAAAAAAGCGCUAUGGAUCAGAAAAAAUGAUUACAAACAGCAUGAACAAAAAGCAAUUAGACGAAGAAGCAAAUUUUCCUGGCCGCCGAGCUGCCACUCCUCCACCACAACCAGUUGAGGAAAUUAUUAAUUUGAUUAACUCUCCCGCUAAAACAAUAUCGGAUUCCCCAGAUACGAUAGUCGAUUCCGAAGAUGCAAGUGGCGCUUUGUUAUCGACAACAGCAGAAGACGAGGCUAAUCUUAAAGAGUUUGGUGAUUUGAAUUGUUGUGUUUGUGGUGAAAUGAUGUUUACGGCCACAAACCGCUUAAUUGAAUGUUGUAAAUGUGGCUCUUUAUACCAUCAAGAAUGUCACAAACCUCUUAUCGCAGACGAUGAAAUUUCCGACGACCAAGUACAAAAUUGGCAAUGCGAUAAUUGUGUCAAUAAGCCCUCAACGACCAAAGCAGCUGGUUUAAUAGCCGAUGAACUAAUGCCACUGACGACCACUUCAGUCGGUUCAAUUAACAAAUCAAAGUCGUCUGCCACUUCAUCGCGGUCAUCAUCGUCAUCAAAUUCCUCGUCUCCUUUUUACAAAGCAGAACAUACACUAACUUCUACUGCAACGACAUCCAAAGUUAAAGAAGAAAAACCAGCUUCAUCGACUUCAAAAUGUGCAACGAUAAGUACUGGGAUCACUCAAUCAUCAUCAUCAUCGUCAUCCAAAAAGCAUUCUUCUUCUUCUCCUUCAUCAAAUAAAUCGAAGUCUUCCUCAAGACAUCACGAUAGUAAGCGAAAAUCCGCAAAAUAACGAAAAAAGAAAUACUUUUAGAGAUAAGAUUGCAUUUUUACACUAAGAAUCUUUAUGACAUCAUUUAACCAUUUUCUUGUUUUACCUUACAUAAGCCGUAUAUAUAUAUAUAUAUAU